AGGACACAGGAGCUGCUGACGGACUGUACGCUUCACAGAAGUUCGGGGAUAACUGAAGACAAGGACAGAUUUGUUAUUUCUCUUGCUGAGCUCCUCCUGAUGCUCUUAUUUGUGCUAAUAAUGACGGUAACGACUGACGUGAAAUAUUAGUGUUUUAAGUGACUGUGCACUCGCGUUUUUCAUAGAAACAUAUGGCGAACUUGGAGAUUGGGCAUCAUUUUAUAUGAUGAUAUGCAGAAUUUGAAAAGGUAUCUUUUUCAGAGAAGUUUCAUUCAGAGGAAUAUCUGUUUUUCGGCGUUUGAACUGGAUGACAAAUGAAAUAUUCCCUUUUAAAGCCCUUUUAAUCUAAGCAGUAUCUAUGGAGCUACAUAAUCACCCAUAACACACAAAAGCAUCCUCUCUUGGGACUGUACGUGCCAGGAAAGUUUUCAUUGACUUACAUCACUCAAAAAAGGUGACUGAAAAUACAGCAUGGGAGGCUCACCUCUAAAAAUUGUGAUUUCUCUGUGGUGUCAGCUGGUCAUUGCUGCCUACAGUUUAGAGAUUGGCUCCUAUGACCUGGAGAGAGGGAGACCAGCUAAAUGCGAGCCCAUCGUCAUCCCUAUGUGCCAGGGCAUUGGGUACAACCUCACUCGGAUGCCCAACUUUAUGUCCCAUGACAAUCAGAGGGAAGCUGCGAUUAAGCUGAAUGAAUUCGCCCCUCUGGUGGAAUAUGGCUGUGAUGUGCAUUUGAGAUUUUUCCUCUGCUCUCUUUAUGCCCCUAUGUGUACGGACCAAGUGUCCACAUCCAUCCCUGCCUGCCGUCCCAUGUGCGAACAGGCACGUCAGAAGUGCUCGCCCAUCAUGGAGAAGUUUAAUUACGCCUGGCCUGAUUCUUUGGACUGCUCUAAACUGCCCACCAGAAAUGACCCCAACGCGCUGUGCAUGGAAGCCCCGGAAAAUUAUACCAAAACCGAUACUAAGAAAGGAGAGGGCAUGUUGCCUGUUCCGUCCAGACCAAAGCAGCCCGGCGCUGGGAACGGACGCUCAGGGGGAAGCAUGGGAGUUUGUGAGAACCCAGAAAAGUUCCAGUAUGUGGAAAAGAGUGAGACUUGUGCUCCGCGCUGCUCAUCGGUCGUGGAUGUGUUCUGGUCCAGACAGGAUAAAGACUUUGCUUUCAUUUGGAUGGCUGUUUGGUCCACUCUGUGCUUCGUAUCCACAGCUUUCACAGUCCUAACCUUCUUGCUUGACCCACAUCGCUUUCAGUACCCGGAGCGGCCCAUCAUCUUCCUCUCCAUGUGCUACAACGUUUACUCAGUCGCCUUCAUCAUUCGAUCCGUCGCUGGGGCGGAGAACAUUGCGUGUGACCGUGAGAACGGCGAGUUGUAUAUUAUCCAAGAGGGCCUGGAAAGUACGGGUUGCACCAUAGUCUUCCUCAUCCUCUACUAUUUUGGCAUGGCAAGCUCAAUCUGGUGGGUCAUCCUCACCCUUACUUGGUUCCUGGCGGCAGGUAAGAAAUGGGGUCACGAGGCUAUUGAGUCACACAGCAGUUACUUCCACAUGGCUGCGUGGGGCAUACCUGCGCUGAAGACCAUAGUCAUCCUCACCAUGCGGAAAGUGGCAGGCGACGAGCUCACCGGACUGUGCUACGUGGGCAGUAUGGACGUGGGGGCGCUAACGGGCUUUGUCCUCGUGCCUCUGUCCUGUUACCUCGUCAUCGGGACGUCUUUUAUCCUCACCGGCUUUGUGGCGCUUUUCCAUAUCCGAAAGGUUAUGAAGACCGAAGGCACCAACACAGAAAAUCUAGAAAAGCUGAUGGUGAAAAUCGGCAUCUACUCCAUCCUGUACACAGUUCCUGCCACCUGCGUCAUCAUUUGCUACUUCUACGAACGUCUCAACAUGGACUACUGGAAAUUUCGAGGGCUGCAAAGCAAAUGCACCACAUACCCGGGUCAGAGGAACGAGGACUGCUCCCUGGAGUCUUCAGUGCCCACCGUGGCUGUGUUCAUGCUGAAGAUCUUCAUGUCACUGGUGGUGGGCAUCACCAGUGGCGUGUGGGUCUGGAGCUCCAAGACGCUGCAGACUUGGCAGGGGCUGUGUAGCAGGAAGUUGACAGACAGGACUUGCAGGAAGCACUGCAGCGGGAGCUGCAGCACCAGUCACUGCCACUACAAAGCCCCUGCCGUUAUACUGCACAUGUCAAAGACUGAUCCCUACUUGGACUGUCCCACACGUGUAUGAGCACAACACUGAGACUGUGGCCUCAUCUGUGAUGUACCGUACUGUGGACUUUGUGAGAAUAAGACAUACGGUGCAGUGAAGCUUUGUGGUGAAGCAAACCAACUUAAAACCCAACAUUGCAGCUAAACAAUGGAUUAACAGUACUUGUUAGUUAAAGGGAGAAUUUAAUUAAUGCUUCCUGUAGCACAAAAUGAGACAGAUAUGCACAUCCUAAUUGGUUAUAAAUAUCUGCAAUCGCUCUUGCAUAGAGAAGUGCACAGUG